GUCUCGAGUGACACUGUCAUUUGUCAAAAUAUUUUUUUCUGGAAGAACCAAAAAUCAAAAUAAUCUCAAAUUACUUUUGCCGUUUGCGGAAAAUGCUCACGCAUUUCAAUAGACAAGCAUUGUUUACAUUGUGUCUUUCAUUUUUGAGAUCUAGUUUCGCUGUGAACUACGCCAACAUGUCUGGAGCGGUAAUUCCUGAUAAGUUUUCAGUGGCCUAUGUGACAGUCCCCAACACAGAGGUGGGUAAGACAAUUGGCACAGGACUUGUGAAGAACAAACUCGCCGCUUGUGUCAACAUCAUACCGCAAGUCACUUCCAUUUACGAGUGGAAGAAUGAGAUUAACGAAGACAGUGAGGCCUUGCUGAUGAUAAAGACACGCACAUCACAAGUGAACAAGCUAACGGAGUAUGUAAAGGCCCACCAUCCGUAUGAAGUGUGCGAAGUUAUAUCUUUACCGAUACAGAAUGGCAACCCACAAUAUUUACAAUGGAUUAAUGAUGUAGUCCCAGAACCGAAGGCAGACUUGUAAAUAUGUAAUUUUUAUUUAUCUAUUUCUUUUUUUUAUUAUAACUUGUUAUGAAAUUUGUUGUAAGUACAUAGUUAUUACUUUGUAUAAGAAUAAUUCUAAUUAUAUUAUUUCAUACAGAAUUCUUUUAAAUUUACUGAUGGUUAUAAACUUGAAGUGCAUAUAUAGAGUGAUAUAAUUAGAAAAUCAGGGUCCUUAAAUAUACUAUUUUUAAGAAAUGGCUCCAAAUAAACAAUAGUAUGUAGCAACACCACUCUAAUUUUAAAUUCCAGAGCAUCAAACGCUGAACUACCUUAACACUUCUAUAAUAAACAUACUACAGAAAUAGUCAGCUCAAAUACAUGUGAAAGUUCUUUGUAUCAUGUAAUUUAAAUUGCUUCAAUGGGCUUUACACUAAAAACAAUACAUAGAGUAGUUACCAAUGUAGAUGUAGGCAGAACUGUCCAAAGCGGCUUCCGUGUAACAAAAAUCUAUACUACAAUUUACACCCAAAAACAAUAAUCACAAAACAAGUACAACAACAUUACUUCUGAGGCUACAUAUACAUAUAUGAGGCUUUAGGCUACAUUUAUCUCGGGAAAAUAUUCAUCCAGGAAAAACUUUUUCACGCGGACAAAGCUUCAGGCAAAAGCUAAUUGUUUAUAACAUUUUAUUAGUCUUGUGUCAUAUUGAUUGUUACUUUCUCCAUUCAUGAAGAUUUACUGUAUAAUACCAAUCUUGUUGAUAUGUUUAUUGAAAUAAAAACAAAAUAAUAGGCGCAAUUUUUAGAAAUGCUAACUUUUAUAAAGCAAUUAGUAGUAAAUAAAUAAAUAAAUAAAAAAAUAUUAUAUUAGGUUGUUUUGAGACUGAGUUGUAGAAAUGAAAAUUAUUGAUUGUUUUAUUAACCUAAGUAGGUACAAUGCAUAAUUUUUAUAACAAGAAUGAGUGAUUAUAAAAGUGAUAAAAAUUGUAAGCAUUAAAUGGUUUCCCUGCAUUUUUUAUUUUCUUGUCAUUAGUCAUAAGCCUAGUAACAUAAGUUGAGGAAAACAAUAAAAAUGACUGAAAAAAAAAA